AUGGCUCUUCCGUCCUUGGACUCUAAUAAGCAGCAGAGGGACCAGAUUCAGUUCCCAGAUUUGCUGACUAUUAUACAUCAAUUAAUCGAUUUCAUGUUCUCCGAAAAUAAGCUACAACUGGACUUAAGACAGGGUAUCUACCGAUCUGUGAUUACAGCCGUGGGCGGGUCAGAGGCAUUUGCCAACAUAAUCUACAAUACAAUUGACCCGGAUAUUCGAGCAUUAAAGAAUCAAUUAAUUACUGCGGAAAUGCUACAUGCAAUCCGUCUAAAGCAAAGCUCGAACAACCCAGCAAUCUGGGAAGAUCCUCAUGGAGGCUAUCUAGACUUUGUUACACAGACGUCUCUGCCAACAUAUCUUCGUUUUUACGUUGGUCAGUCCUGUUUGCCAAAACAGCGGGUUUCGAAACAUAUUCAAGAAAUAUCUAAAAAGUCAAAACGCUCUUUACAUUACUAUAUUAUUAGUAAUAAGCCGGAUAGAUACGCGAAUUUUAUUCGGCUUUGGAGGAUUCCUUUUCCUCCACAAACUAAUAGCAUGCUUAUGCUUGGUUUUGAAAAUUUCCUAGAGAUGGUUAUGUGUCGAGCUUUUCAAUCUCUUCCUACAUCAAGUUUAGAGGAGAUUUUUGGGCUUUGUCCAGGACCUUUAGGUCAAUACUCUAAUAUUGGCUUGAAUGUUAUGUCUCCUUUGCUUCAAGGAAGAUCUCUCAGCCCCUAUUCUCGCUAUAAGGUUGUACAGCUUUUGUGUGAUUCACCAGACUCUGAAAUUUGCGCGUGGACACUCUAUCGCAACAACGAAAACUAUCAGCCACACGAAAGUCCUGAGAAAUUGCCUGUGAGAAGAUACAAGGGUAAAGAGGGUUAUUGCAGCGCUUUUCACCAAGCUAUCAGUACAAGCUUGAAUUUUGAGGACGUUCAAGCUAGUGAGAAUAUCUGGUGCCCUUUGGAAGUGCAUACAAUCGAUCCUCAAUCCUGGUUUCGGUCAACAAUAGCCAUGUUGCAACAAAACAAUGCAAUCGGAACCGAAGCUGAGAUGAUCUGUCCUGUUGGAAGCUCCGACGCUUCUAUAGGAAUUGUCUUCGAGGCUACCCUACUACAUGACUAUAAUGAGAAUGGUCAAGUUAGUCUACCAUGGGGCCUACGGGAGAGUGGUUUUCAGGCCUCAAAUUCAUUAAUUUGGCCGUUCAAUCUUCGACGAUACACAGGCAUACCAGAAAGCUUUCAAGUACAGUCUUUUACUGCCUCCGCGUAUGAGAUCCUACGUGAUGCCUUUCAAGAGCUUGUAGCUGGGACUCAUCUUCGAGUUAUCAUUAUAUGUGGUGAUCUUGAAGACAUACUUCCGACUAAUACAACGAAAGUGCCUUUAACACUCGAUAAUAUGGCUUUUGAUCUAUGGAUUGAAACUCAAGAAAAAAAAGGUUAA